AUGACGGCGCUCGUCACGGGCGCGACGGAUGGGAUCGGCCUGCACACCGCGCGAAGGCUCGCGGCGAGCGGGCGCGACGUGCUCGUGCACGGACGAGACCGCGAGCGCGUGCGAAGCGCCGUCGAGGCCGUGCGGAAACACGCGCGCUCGGAAAAACAAGUCAUCGAAGGCUUGACGCGAGACCUCUCGUCGUUGGAAGACGUGCGCGCGCUCGCGCGCGACGUCGUGGACGGACGCGGGGACGUGUCGAUGCUGUUCAAUAACGCGGGGGUGUACUCGACGAAGGAGACGCGGUGCGCGAACGGGCACGAGAUGACGUUCGCGGUGAACGUGCUGGCGCCGUUCGCGCUGUGCGGGUUACUGUUACCGACGCUCGCGGCGAACGCGCGGCGAACGGGGACGAAGUCGAGCGUGUUGAACGUGGCGUCGAUUUCGGCGGCGCCGGCGAUUGAUUUUGACAACUUGCGGUGCGAAAAGAUGUUUUCGCCCCACGGGUCGUACGCGCAGAGCAAGGCGUGCAUGAAGGCGUUCUCGUACGAGCUGUACGAUAGAUUAGCGAGAGGAGCGCUAUCCGGGGCGAGCGUGGAAGAUUUAAACGUGUUCUCGUGCGAUCCAGGGACCGUGAACACGAAAAUGCUGUUGGCGGGAUGGGGUCGGUGCGGUAUCGAAACGUACGAAGCGAACGAUGAAUUUACAAUCAUGGUGGACGACAUCGAAAGGAACGGCGCGAAACACAACGGGGCGUACUUUGUUAACGCCGCACCGCAACCUCGUCGAAGCGAGGCCGGUGAUGUAGACCAGGCGAAACUCUGGCGACUCCUCGAACAAGAAACGGGCGUCGUCUACGCCUAA